AUGGUCGAGGGCGACGUGGCAGACAGCCCCAGCGCAACUACUGCUACUACUGCUACUGCUACUCCACACGUCAGUCUCUUUUCUCCUGGCCUGCCUGCGAUAGCAGCCUCACCGUCGUCUUCCGACAUUGCCACCGCAAAUGCUAGGCCCCAUGUGGGCACCGCCUCAUCUUCAGGCGCUGCACGCUCGCUGCCAUCGUCGCUUGCAAACAUUGCCGCCAUGGCCCAGCGCACAGCACGACUCAAACUGUCGGACGAGCAUCCCCCAAUCGUCCAGCUACAGACGCAGAUAGACCAGGCCCAGAAGAGCGCCGAUGACCCGAACACGCCCCUUGAAAGCGACAGCAGAACCCGCACCACCAUGGAUCUCAUGCGGUUUGAGCACACUACCCGCACCGACAUCAACAGACUGUUCAGCGAGAGUGCAAACAUGCCCGGCUCACGAGCACCCUCUUACAACAACGCCACGGGCCCCUUGUAUCUUAGAGUCUCAAACGAAGCGAUACCACUCCCCGAUCACCUCUACACCCGCGGACUCCUAGAGGGGCGACAUUCGGACAUCACCAUCAUUGCCUUUGGCCAGCAAUACAACCUGCACCGCUUGAUCCUCGACCGCGCCCCCUUCUUCACAACAGCCCUCUCGGAGCCAUGGUUAGAAAGUCGGUCUAAGGAAGUCGCCCUGCACCCCGAAGAGAUCGACCACAACAUCACACAGACGUCUUUCGAGUUGGCUAUCCGGAAACUCUAUGGCGUCGACAUCUCCAAGGAGUCGGACGCCGAGGCGAUCGGUCUCUUCGCGACAGCGUGUUGGCUGGAAAUGCAGGAUCUAAUCGACUCGGCCAUUGAAUCUAUCCUGCGCCAGAUGGCCCCUGACACCCUCGCCUUCCUCAUCCGCCUGGUGACCACCAAUUACUACGGUCGAUCAGGAGAUCGCAUCCUCGAGUCGGCCAAGGCCAUGCUUAGCAGAAACGGCUGGGAGAUGCCUAUCAGAUACUGGGACGACAUGCCAGGUGACAUCAUCCGCGAGCUGAUAGGGUCCGACGGCUUCUUUGUUGAUAGCGAGUGGGAUAGAUGGGUGCUCUCCAAACGCCUUCUCGACCGCCGCCUGCGACAAGCUGCCAUCGAGGCUGGUGUAAUACAGCGAGGCCAGAAGCCCAUUCCACAAGCGCCCAACUCUCUCCGCUUCAUAGCCGUCCGCUUUGAUGGCGUAUACCGGCAGAAUGCAUUGACUGCCGCACACUCCUCGUCUGAUACCCAUGCCGACUGGCUUGCGCUUUACACUUCGCCUGACAUCGAGCGUAUACUCGUAUUGCUCGACGAAGGCAUCCACUACAUCCACAUGGAGUAUGAGCAGCUUGACUUCAUCAGGAACUCCCGCGACGUCUUUGGGCUUCCAGUAAUGCCUGAAAGGGUCAUCUCCAAUGCCUUGUGGCAGCAGUGCGCGCUUCGCCAGAGGGUGCUUAACACGGACGAGUCGGCACAAGAGCUCGGACUUUGCCAGUCGCCACCAGAACCCGAGGUGUCCAAUAUCGCGACCAAGACCGGUGACGAACUCGUCAGCAAAGGCAAGUCAAAGGCCGUCACUUCUGCCCAGGAGGAAUCCGAAAUCGAAUCCGAAAGCUGGGACGGGAAUGGCAGGCCGCGUAAGUUCUGGAUACCGAGCUCAGACUGCAACAUCGUGCUUGGUAACGGGGCAGAGCCUGUCAUCACAACAUCCAGCUCCUUUCAGCGCCAUGCGUCUCGUCUCUCGGCCACAAUACAACCAGAGGAUGCGCAAUGGGCUACCGACUUCGCUUCGACUCCAUCGACAUUGACAAAUCCUAGCACGCGUGUGCACGAUACACAGCGUCCUAUUUCUGCUGGCGGAUGCAACGCAGGCCAACCAAAACCGAUCGCCUACACGGAGUUCCCUCCAUUCCGCUUCUCUGCCGAGUUUCCCAACCCACGCUUCUUGAAGGAGAAGAAGCGGGUAUACUCGAGAACUGUAUCAUACGCAGGCUCACUGUGGAACAUAUACAUACAGAAGGUUCGCUCAGCCAAGAACGUCCAGCUGGGUGUUUACCUACAUCGUGCAAAGGAGCGGGAGGUGGACGAAUCCACGCUAAGCAGCACUCUGAGCCAGCAGAACAACGGAUCGGUUGAUGAGCGUAUUGGCCAACUAGAGCGGGAGAUGCUGAUGCGCAGUGAGCGACGCGACCGCCGACGUAGCACUCGAGCCCAUUUCAACGAAAUGACUGCAGAAGAAGACACAAGUGGGAGCGGUGGUGACGCAGAUGCAACACUCGCCUCUCCAGGGCCUCGGAAUCCACUGUUUUCCAGCUCCAGCCUCGGACGUCGCCGCGGUGCAACCAUGCCACGGGUGUCUUCUCAGGGUGUCCCCCAAUGGGAUUUCCAGAGCCUCGCUACUACUCAGCCUGCCACUGGUGACGCCACAGACUCACCUACCUUCCCACCAGGCAUGGACUCUUCGCUGGAUAACGAGUCUGAUACCUCAGAUGACGAUGAAUCGGAUGCUGCUGCCUAUGCCAACCCAUCGCUCACGUCCCGAGCGCAACGCAAGACACGUGCCCUUGUCCCUGCUUUUCCACCGUAUGUCGACGGGCGCCCCACUAUCAAGACGUACUUCAAGAUCUACAGCCCAUCCAAGGGCGGCAGAAUGCUGAGCAUCUACGAGAGCGCACCUGACCGGUUUAACUUCAGCCAAAGCUGGGGCUGGAAGAGUAGUACCUUGAUGUUAGAUGAAGUCACCAUCAGCGGCGGAGAGGACUCGAUGAGUGGUGCGAGUCCAGCAGCGAGCAAGAAGACUGACGGGAAGCUCAGGUUUAUGGUAGUCAUUGGGAAUUUGUAA